AUGAAAGUAUUAGGAAAAGAUGAAUUUAUUACAAAAUUUGAAACCUUCUUAGUAAUAAAAAAAGAAUUAGAAUACUCCAGAAAUAUUGAUAAACAUUUAUAUAAUAAAUAUUUAAUAAAUAAAGAUGAUAAUUUUAAAGAGAUAUAUGAAAAGUAUUUUAUGAAAUUAAUAUCAGAUAAAAUAUUAUACAAAAGUAUACACAAAUAUAUUAUGGAUACAUGUCCACAUGUAAUACCCAAAAAUAUAUAUCAUAAAAAUGAUAAUGAAUCUAAAGAUAUUAUACAAGAUAUUUCAAAUAAAAUUGUACAAUUCUUUAAAAAUAUAGAUAUAUAUGAUUUUGAUAAAAAAGAAAAAAUUCAAAUGAUUGAUAUCCAUUGUGUAAAUAUAGUUGAUCUCUAUGUAAUUAUGAACUACGCCGACAAAAAAUGUGAAGAAUAUAAAAUUGAGCAGAUCCUAAACAUGUUAAAAGAUGUACACAUAACAAAUAAUAAUUCAUAA